AAUUAUUAUUGUUUGUCUUGCUUGUAUUCGAUCGAAAUACUUCAACCUUGUAUUAUUGUCUGUAAAUUUAACGCAUUUUAUAUUAUUAUUCAGGUGUACUAAAAGAUUGCAUUUUUGUGUAGAAAUUUUGUAUAUAAGUUAGAGCACAGUUCAUUCAUCAUGCAAGCAUUUUUGAAAACUGGUAAGAUUUCUGAAACACCUUUCAACACCGGUACCGAUGGACAGCUGAUGGAAAAACGCAGUAAAACAAAUUCUGUUCCUUGGGUCGAAAAAUAUCGACCAAAAUGCGUUGACGAUGUUGUGGAGCAGGGUGAGGUGGUUGCUGUACUCAGAGAAUGUUUAGCGACAGCCGUUGAUUUACCGAAUUUACUACUGUACGGACCACCUGGUACUGGUAAAACUAGUACUAUUCUAGCUGCGGCUCGUCAGCUUUUUGGGGACAUGUUUAAAGAGCGUAUACUAGAAUUAAAUGCAUCUGAUGAUCGUGGGAUAGCGAUCAUAAGAAACAAAGUAAAAACUUUCGCUCAACUAACGGCCAGUGGAACAAGAACCGAUGGCAAGCCAUGUCCACCGUUCAAAAUUGUUAUUCUUGAUGAAGCUGAUGCUAUGACCCACGCUGCUCAGGCCGCUUUGCGUAGAACUAUGGAAAAGGAAACGAAAACAACUCGAUUUUGUUUGGUGUGUAAUUACGUUUCAAGAAUCAUCGAACCCAUUACAUCCCGCUGUACUAAGUUUCGUUUUAAACCUCUUGGUGACGAUAAGAUAAUUGAACGACUACGAUAUAUUUGCGAGCAAGAGAAUGUCGAUGUCGAUGACCAGGCUUAUCGCGAUAUAGUGGACAUUUCUGGCGGUGAUUUGCGACGAGCAAUUACCACACUUCAAUCUUGCCAUAGGUUAAAGGGGAAGGAAGCAAAAAUUGAACACACCGAUAUUCUGGAAAUGUCCGGUGUCGUACCACCACAUUAUCUAAAUGAUUUCAUCUCAGUCUGUAAAACUGCUAACUAUAGCAAACUGGAAGAUUACGUAAAGAACUUAACGCACGAAGCGUAUAGCGUUGGGCAAUUGUUUGAGCAGAUGACGGAUUUUGUCAUUAUGCAUGACGGACUGAACGAUAAGCAGAAGAGUGUUAUUUGUGACAAAUUAGGAGAGUGCUGUUUCCGUUUACAGGGUGGUGGAUCGGAGUAUAUACAAAUUAUGGAUUUAGGUUGUGUCACUAUUCAGGCUCUUCAAAGUAACUGAGCUUCAGGGAAUAAAUUUCAUAAUAAUAAAACUUUGAUAUUA